UCUUCCUCUGGUUUCACCUUACAGAGAUCCAUAAGUUUUUAUUUAGGAAACUAUGGUUCUGUAAAUAGAUAAUGGAAGAGAGGGAGCUUCUUAGAGAUCUGUUUUUAGUAUUUCUCUUAUAGUUAUUAAUCAGAAAGCAAAUCUCUACCUUUUUUCUCCAAAAAAAAGGAUUGUAUAGAGUUUUGAGCAAAUAUGAGAACCUAAGUACAAACCAGAACCAGAAUAACCAGAGGAUUUUCAUCUCAAUCUUUAACCUUCUUUGUCUGUUCAUGCCAAAACGUUUUGCUUCGACGACUUAUCACAAUAAAGCGUCUUGUUCUUGAAAUUAUUCUUGGUCGCAUCUGUUUUUUCUUCUCGCUCUGGUUUAGGUUGGGCUUGAGUCAUCAUGGUCUGGUUUCUAACAGAGUUAAAGAAAGAAACCAAGUGUUAUGUUCUAGUUUUCAUUAGCAUCUAUUUAUGCUCUUUCAUACAUAAGUAGCUCUCUAACAAGAAUCCAUUUUGAAAGUUUUGGUCUUUUCUCUGUCAUAGGUUGAUUUUUCAUUUGCUAGUUAUAGUCUCUUAUGGAAAUAUGUGAUUCUUUCAGAUUUUUGGUAGUCUUUCUGAAUGGAGUGUAAUGCAAAGCCACCGUUGCAAUGGGAAUGGGAAAAUUUGAUAUCUUUUGGUACUUCAUCAGCUGAAAUUCCUAGAAAGCUACGACCAAUGGAUUGGGAGAUUGAUGGGUUUGAUUGCACCUCUCUAUAUUCUUCAAGCUUUGCUGCAGUAGCUUAUGGUGGUAGUUCAGGUUCUGAUCUAGCUCAUGCUUUCUCUAAAAGCUCAAAGUCAACUUCCAUUAGCUCCUCAUCAGCUGAAGUGAGAACAUACAAUUUUACAUCAGAAGCUGGUGAAAGUGAGGAGUUUGUAAAGGGAAUGAAUACUUCUCCAAGUCUUGAACUUUCAUUUGGCUCUGGUGAUCCGGUUCUUGGCUUAAAGCUUGGUAAAAGAACAUACUUUGAAGACUUUUUGGAUGUGGAGAAUGCGAAAGUUUCUGCACUUCCAGUGAGCCUCGCGUCAUCAUCUGCAUCUCCGGUGAAGAAAUCAAAAUCUGUUUCUCAGAGGCUACAAACUCCUCACUGCCAAGUUGAAGGCUGUAAUCUUGAUCUCUCGUCAGCUAAAGACUAUCAUCGGAAACACAGGAUUUGUGAAAACCAUUCAAAGUUCCCUAAAGUUGUUGUGAGUGGCGUUGAACGUCGGUUCUGCCAACAGUGUAGCAGGUUCCACUGUCUCUCUGAGUUUGAUGAGAAGAAACGUAGCUGUCGCAGGCGUCUCUCUGAUCACAAUGCAAGACGUCGCAAGCCAAAUCCCGGGAGGACUUAUGAUGGGAAGCACCAAAUGGAUUUUGUAUGGAACAGAUUUGCACUUAUCCAUCCAAGAAGUGAGGAAAAGUUUCUAUGGCCAAGCUCAAAGCCCUUACCAUCAAAAGGGUUAAUGCCACAACAUGCAAAGACCGAGAUGUCCAAUAAGCUGUUCACCGAGCAAUGUGGAUUUGGAUUGUUGGACCCCAAAACUAAAACCACAAGAGCUGAAUUAUUCAGUAAAGAUAAGGUCACAAUCUCUUCACACAUGGGUACUUCUCAAGAUCUUGAUGGUGCUCUCUCUCUUCUGUCAAAUUCAACAUCAUGGGUUUCCUCUGACCAACCAAGACGGUUUACCCUUGACCACCAUCCCACAAGCAACGUCCAACCCGUGGCUCACCGGUCUGCUAGUCAACUCAAUUCAGUGUCUGGAUAUUGGCAGCCGAAUCCACCAGCGGUUGAGCCUUCAAACGCUUUGCAUAGAAACGGGGUAGGCCAGUUUAAUGAGAGCUUCUUCAGCUUGAACCAGUUUUAUAACUGAGAGUGUAUGCCUUUAAGAUACUUUUUAUGUCAAGGAUCAGGCAGGCAUAGUGUUAUAGGAUCUGUAAAACUUGCAAAGACACCAAGUCCUCUCUUCUUUGUUGUCGAUUGAUUUUCAUGGGGUUAAGAGAGGUUUAACCAUUGUCUUAAA